CAUCAUGUCUCUCUUAUUUUUCUUACUUAAUUCAUUAAAAUCUAUGCAGGUUCUGCCCAGAAUUAUUUAUCGGUGAGAAUGGCCAUCUGAUUCAAACUUGCCAUGGUUUCAGGCGGCACGCCAAGAACCAGGUCCAUACCUGGAUUGAUGGUACCUUGAAUGAUAUUCUCGUCCCCAUUGAGACUUUUCACCUCCAGAAUAUGUUUCAAGAUGUCAUCAAGCAUGACCAAAGGUUUGAUUUUGAGCGUGUUCCGGCAGUCCUGGAGCUAUGCUAUCAAGCCGGAGCGAAUGAAUGCCUGUACAACAGCAACUCAACAUCGGAAACUGGUAAAAAUGACAGUGUUGUUGCCGAGUCCUUGUCACAGCAGGAGCUAACAUCAGUGGCAAAGUUAACUUUGGAGGCAUGGGAGAGACUGAGAUCAAGUGUCCAGAAAUUAUUGUUGGUUUACCCAGCAAAGGUCUGCAAAUACUGCUCAGAAAUUCAUAUUGGGCCCUCUGGUCAUAAGGCACGGCUGUGUGGUGUGUUCAAGUAUGAGGGAUGGAGGGGCACCCAUCUAUGGCAGAAGGCCAAAGUAGAUGAUUUGGUGCCUCCCAAGGUCAUUUGGAGGCGGCGGCCUCAGGAUCCCCCAGUGCUUCUGGACAAGGGACGGGAGUUUUAUGGGCAUGCACCAGCUGUGGUUGAGCUGUGCAUGCAAGCUGGGGCUACUAUACCUGUCAAGUAUUUCUGUAUGAUGAAAAUACAAGGUUUACCACCACCCCCUUGACGAGCCAAGGACAGGCAAAGCUCCCAUUCGAGCUGCUGUUCUCAGUGUCAAGGCUGUGAAGAAGUUAUUCACAAAGAGAUUAAUAAGUCUAACAUGGGUUCAUUCAAUUCAAUCUACUUCAAUACAUGGCAUAAUGUGUACUAGAUUUGCAACUGCUAGUGCAUGAACUCCUUUGGCAGCACCAUGCUUUCUUCAUCAUGUUUCCAGUUUGUUGGUCCAAGUCAUCAUCAAAUAUGGUAAUUUGUGGCUGUAAAAUUGUCUUAGCCUUGGGCAGUUUGAUUAGGAACUAUCUUUGGUUUUGUAGCCCAUUACUCUCACCAUCUUUAAUUGCUGAGUUAUGCAAAUUUUCAUUAGCUUUGGAGUCUUGCAGGUCUAGUCAAGUGGAGCCUUGCGGUUUCCUGCGGGUGUACCAAUUUGAAUUUGAGUCUUUCGGAUCAGAGACAACAGAAAUGUAUGUACACAUUAUUUAUAUUCAUUAACUGUGGAUUUAUUAUCACAA